ACCUUUGAAAUCGGAGGUCGAAAGAAAGAGAAAAAGAGAGCUCCAAGCUCUCUUCUUCACUCUCCAGAGCCCUAGAUUCUUUCCCUUUUGCCAUGGAGUCAGAUGCUGGACUCGAGGAGGCGAUGUGGCAGCUGCAAUUGGCAGCAGCUGCGACCCGCCGUUACCCGGAGCGGCCAGGGGAACCUGACUGUGGCUAUUAUCUUCGCACAGGAUUGUGUGGAUUUGGCGAACGAUGCCGAUUCAAUCAUCCUUGUGAUCGCUCGCAGGUGACUGGAGGUGGGAGGGUCAGUGGUGGGGAGUAUCCGGAGCGACCUGGGCAGCCUGCUUGCCAAUACUUUCUCAAGACUGGUACUUGCAAGUAUGGUGCCUCUUGCAAGUACGACCAUCCAAGACAAGGAGUUGAAUCUGCUUACCCAGUCUCGCUAAAUAUAUAUGGAUAUCCUCUCCGUCUGGGCGAGAAGGAAUGUUCUUACUAUUUGAGAACCGGGCAGUGCAAAUUCGGGUCCACUUGCAAAUUCCACCAUCCGGAGCCAGCUGGAGUUCAAGUUCCUUCACCAGCACCUGCAUUUUACCCAACAGUCCAGGCUACCACUGUCUCCGGCUGGCAAGUCGGAAGGCCUACUAUGUUACCGUCUCAGUACAUGCAGGCACCCUAUGGUUCAAUGGUUUUCUCUUCUGGUGUUGUUCCGGUUCCGGGUUGGAGUCCUUAUCCGCCAACUGUGAGCCCUGCAUUGCCUCUUGGAGGACAGCAAGGUAUUCAAACUGGAUCGGUGUUUGGUUCCAGCAAUCAGCUGUCUCCUUCAGCUCCAGCUAUUCCAGGGCCUUUCGCUGCACUGUCUCCUUCCAUUGGCCCUUCAAGCAGUGGCCAGAAAGAACAAGCUUUCCCUGAGAGACCGGGCCAACCAGAAUGUCAAUAUUAUAUGAGGACUGGGGAUUGCAAGUUUGGCGCGACCUGUAAAUACCAUCAUCCACCAGAAUGGAGAAUCCCAAGGACAGACUGUGCUCUUAGCCCUGUUGGUCUCCCAGUUCGUCCGGGAGCUCAGCCUUGUGCCUUCUAUGCUCAACACGGAGUAUGCAAAUUCGGGCCAACAUGCAAAUUCGAUCACCCGAUGGGGAUGCUUAGCUACAGCCCUUCUGCAUCUUCUCUUGCCGACAUGCCCGUAGCUCCUUACCCUGUAGGCUAUUCAUUGGCCACCUUAGCUCCAUUAUCAUCAUCUUCAGAUCUACGUCCAGAAUUCAAUUCUUUUCCCUCCAGAAUUCCGUCAACUGAAACCACACCCAGUGGUUCUAUUGGAUCAAUGUUUUCAAAGGGCGGGUUUGUACCCGCAUCAAGUUCUAGUUCAAGCUGAUAUAUUCUUGAAAGAAUCCUCAUGUUUAUACUGAAUAAGCUACCGCCAGUACAGAGAAGGUGUAGCAAAAGUCCCUAGAAAUCCUCCACAUCUCUUGACCAAUAAUCGCUAUAUGUCAGGUUCCUAAAUUCAAAGCUUUUCUUUUUUUCUUCUUUGAACAAUUUGUAUCUCGGGGCUCAUCCUGCCUGCCCAGAUUUUGUUGGGUUAGAGCACAACAGAGUCAGCAAGUCAUCUGUCCAGUUCUUUUUUGUUAUUUUUUUCGCUUUUUGAACUACUUUCUUUUUGUAAUGUACUAUUAUUGGUACCACCCAA